GGGGGGCAGUAAUAGGGUACACAAGCAGAGACAAGCUCAGCACAUUUCUCGCUGUCUGCGUUAUCUGCUUAUGUCCUUUGGUUCUGUGGUGAAUUCGCUGAAGUUAACGUCUUCGACUGCUCGUCGCUGCUGUGCUGUCCGUUGAUGUGACGCCGUGUGCCGCGGGAAGAUGAGUGAGAGAAAUUUCCUAGACGUUCCCGAGGACAGCGACGCGCCGUACGAGUCUCUUUUCCUUCAGGCUGACAAAGAAUUCAGGCAGUUUGUGAAGACCUUGGCUGAUGAGCCCCAUGCUCGGAAACUCAAGUCAAAAUCUAUCAAGCCAGCACCGGGGUUCUGUGUGAAGCUCAAAGACACGUCCACUGGUGGCAAGCUCUUCAUUAAUGUUUGCCACACUCCCGAGCUUCCAGAGCCGCAGGACAUCAGCGAUGAGGAGCUCAUACACAUCCUCGGGUCGGACGACCCCACCACAUACCGUGUCCCUCUCAGCCUGGGCCUGCCCCACGAGGAGGUGGACAAGAGUGGAGGGCCGUGUACGGUGUAUGACGUGAUCAUCAACGAGACUUUCUUCCGCAAGAUCAGCUCGAACGAGCUGUUCAAGACAUUCCUCAUCACAGUGGCACUUGACGGCAUCGAGGAGAAGUACAAUGCACACCCCGACCGAGACAACUAUGUGGUGCUGAAGAACAAGCUGUACAUGGGCACCAUGCCUGACCACUGCAUACAGGAUAGGAAAGGACCGCUGAUAUCCGAGCUCCCCACGGCCCAGAAACAGCCUACUGACAGCAGUGGGGAUGACGGCGACAAGAGCAUGUGCGACAAUGAUGGCGAUGACAGCACCACCCUCGCAAGGCGGGGAUCGGCGAAAGUGGACCUUACGCGGCACACCCUGCCUGGACAGCGCGACACGCUGGUGGCGCGCUUCUCCCUGCCAGCUGUGAAAUCGGGUUCGUCACUGGCACUCGACAUGGGAGAUGACCAUGUGCAGCUUACAAGUGAUGAGCCAAAGUAUACGUUCGACUUCUACCUCCCCUUCUCCAUUGAAGAAGAUGCGGCAGUUGCAGAAUUUAACACAAAGCAUCAGGUGCUGACAGUCACUGUGCCAAUCGUGCCAACGGAGUCCUGAUUCUACAAGCUUUUGAUUGUUUGAUGUCGCCAAUUCAAGUUUAAGUGUAAAUGGAACAGCUACACUGAUUGUAAAAGCGCACCUGAAUAAACUGUUUGUUUUCCAUCAAA